CCCUGGCGGAGGCGGGCGGGGUCUGCGCUCAGCGCCCUUCGCCCCCGGCCUGGGGAGCUGCGGAAGCCCGGGCGGGACAAGGGCCGGGACCGGGAGCGCGGCAGGAGCGGGGCAGACAUGGAUGAAGGAGACAACAGCACCAGCCUUGAGGCUGUGUUGCCAGGAGGUGAGACCCCCAUCCUGCAGUUUGUGGAGGACAGGAUCCAGACCACCAUGCUGACUGGAAUUGCAAUUGGAGCUGCAGUUGCACUGCUGCUUAUAGCAGUUGUUGUGUUUGUCGUGUACAGAAGAGUGAGACAGUCUAAACAACUUCAGCCACACGUGCCUCAGUACAGGUUUCGCAAGAGGGACAAAGUCAUGUUCUACGGGAGGAAGAUCAUGAGGAAGGUUACAACUCUUCCAAACUCUCUGGUUGGGAACACUGUCCCUCGCCAAAGGAUGCGGAAACGGGCAAAGGUUUUAUCUCUGGCUAAAAGGAUUCUGCGUAUUAAGAAGGAAUGUCCAACUCUGCAGAGGAAAGAACCUCCUCCCUCUUUGCUAGAGGCAGAUCUGACUGAAUUUGAUGUCAAGAAUUCCCAUUUGCCAUCAGAAGUGCUGUACAUGCUUAAAAAUGUCAGGGUCCUUGGGCACUUUGAGAAGCCCCUGUUCCUGGAGCUGUGCAAGCACAUGUUCUUUGUGCAGCUGCACGAGGGCGAGUACAUCUUCCGUCCCGGGCAGCUGGACAACAGCAUCUACGUGGUGCAGGAUGGAAAGCUGGAAGUCUGCAUCCAAGAAAGUGAUGGAACAGAGGUGGUGGUGAAGGAGGUGCUGGCAGGAGACAGCGUCCACAGCCUUCUGAGCAUCCUUGAUGUCAUCACGGGUCACCCUGCUCCCUAUAAAACUGUCUCAGCCCGAGCAGCCACUCCAUCCACCAUACUGAGACUUCCAGCCAGUGCCUUCCAGGAUGUGUUCCAGAAAUACCCUGAAACCCUUGUGAGAGUGGUGCAGAUCAUCAUGGUGAGGCUGCAGAGGGUGACGUUCCUGGCCCUGCACAACUACCUGGGGCUGACCACGGAGCUCUUCAGCUGUCAGAGCCAGGCCGUCCCACUGAUCUCCGUGAGCAGUGUCACCGCCGGAGGCAGCGCCGGCAAAGCGGGCAAGAGACAAGUGAGCAGUGCUUUAGAGGAAGAUCGUGGAGAGAAGUUUGAAAAGUCUGGGGAAGCCCUGGAAACGGAUAUGCUGAGGAUUUCUGGUGCAGAAAACUCUGAGCAUGUUUUCAGAAGGAGCCUUUCAUCACCUCCCUAUGCAGGGUCUACAGAGGCUUCUAACAAUUCCAGCGGUGCCAAGUCUGACAUGGACAUGGCCUACGAGAGGGCCAGGGUGCACCUCGUCCCCGAGGACGCCGCUGGCAGCCCCACCGUGGCCAAGUCGAUAUUGAAGAAGACAGUGACAGUGACAGAAACUCCUUCAGCAGUUUUCCAUUACAGUGCUGUGCAGGAUUCCUGUAACAGCAAACACAUUGAUGCCAUCGUGGAAGCAGCAAAGAAAGACCUCUCAACCUUGAUGAAACUUGAUAAUCCUGCGUUGCUGAAUGGCAAAGUGACGCUGCAUCAGGUCACUGCUGGCACUGUGCUGUCCAGGCAGGGAGAUCAGGAUGUCAAUGUUUGCUUUGUGGUCUCGGGGAUGCUUCACGUGUACCAGAGGAAGAUUGACUCUGAGGAGGACACCUGCCUCUUCAUCACCCACCCCGGGGAGCUCGUGGGGCAGCUCGCUGUCCUCACUGGGGAGCCGCUGAUCUUCACCAUCAAGGCCAACAGAGACUGCAGCUUCCUCUCCAUCUCCAAGUCCCAUUUCUAUGAGAUUAUGCGGGAGCAGCCCAGUGUGGUGCUGGGGGUGGCCCACACCGUUGUGAAGAGAAUGUCCCCCUUUGUCAGGCAAAUUGACUUCGCCCUGGACUGGAUGGAGGUGGAGGCUGGACGAGCUGUGUACAGGCAGGGUGACAAGUCUGACUGCACGUACAUCGUGCUGAACGGCCGCCUGCGCUCCGUGCUGCGCAUGGACGACGGCAAGAAGCACCUGACCGGGGAGUACGGCCGGGGGGACCUCAUUGGAGUGGUGGAGGCCCUGACCCACCAGCCCAGAGCCACCACAGUGCACGCGGUGCGGGACUCGGAGCUCGCCAAGCUCCCGGAGGGGGCUCUCAUCUCCAUCAAACGCAAAUUCCCCCAGGUUGUGACCAGACUUAUUCACUUGCUGGGCGAGAAGAUUCUUGGCAGUCUGCAGCAGGGAGGUCAUCCUCUUGGACUGCACAGCUCCAGCAGCAAGUGGGAUGCAGGGAAUCCUGCCAGCAACCUGUCCACGGUGGCGAUCAUGCCGGUGUCUGAGGAGGUGCCGCUGACAGCCUUCACCCUGGAGCUCAAGCACGCCCUCAGUGCUGUGGGUCCUGCCCUGCUGCUCACCAGUGACAACAUCAAACAGCGCCUGGGCUCUGCUGCUCUCGACAGCAUCCACGAGUACAGACUGACCAGCUGGCUGGGCCAGCAGGAGGACAUCCACAGGAUUGUGCUGUACCAGGCUGACAGCACCCUGACCCCCUGGACCCAGCGCUGCAUCCGCCAGGCCGACUGCAUCCUCAUCGUGGGGCUGGGGGACCAGGAGCCCACUGUGGGAGAGCUGGAGAAGAUGCUGGAGAACACUGCAGUGAGAGCCCAGAAGCAGCUGGUCCUGCUCCACAAGGAGGAUGGGCCUCUCCCUUCCCGGACCGUGGAGUGGCUCAACAUGCGGAGCUGGUGUUCUGCUCACCUCCACAUCCACUGCCCACGCAGAGUCUUCUCCAAGAGGAGUCUGCCCAAGCUGGUGGAGAUGUAUGAACGUGUGUUCCAGAAGGCCCCGGACCGUCACUCCGACUUCUCGCGCCUGGCCCGGGUCCUGACGGGCAACGCCAUCGCGCUGGUGCUGGGCGGCGGCGGGGCCAGGGGCUGCUCCCAGGUGGGCGUUAUCCGGGCGCUGAUCGAGGCUGGAAUUCCCGUGGAUAUGAUCGGGGGCACGUCCAUCGGCGCCUUCAUGAGCGCCCUGUACGCCGAGGAGCGCAGCUACAACCAGAUGAGGAUCAAAGCUCGUCAGUGGGCCAUGGUUAUGAACUCGGUGUUUAAGACCAUUCUAGACUUGACAUACCCAAUAACCUCUAUGUUUUCUGGAGCAGCUUUUAACAACAGCAUCAACAACAUCUUCAAAGAUAAGCAGAUAGAGGAUCUGUGGAUUCCUUACUUCACCAUCACCACCGACAUCACUGCCUCAGCCAUGAGGGUGCACAGGGAUGGCUCCCUGUGGAGGUACGUCCGUGCCAGCAUGUCCCUGUCGGGGUACAUGCCCCCCCUCUGUGACCCCAAGGAUGGCCAUCUCCUCAUGGAUGGAGGCUACAUCAACAACCUGCCAGCUGACGUGGCCAGGUCCAUGGGGGCCAAGGUGGUGAUCGCCAUCGACGUGGGCAGCCGGGACGAGACCGACCUCACCAACUACGGCGACUGCCUGUCCGGCUGGUGGCUGCUCUGGAAGAGGUGGAACCCCCUGGCUGAGAAAGUCAAGGUGCUGAACAUGGCCGAGAUCCAGACGCGCCUGGCCUACGUGUGCUGCGUGCGGCAGCUGGAGAUGGUGAAGAACAGCGACUACUGCGAGUACAUCCGGCCCCCCAUCGACCGCUACGGCACCCUGGACUUCGGCAAGUUCGAUGAGAUCUGUGAAGUGGGAUACCAGCAUGGGAAAACUGUAUUUAAUGUGUGGUGCAGGAGUGGAGUCCUUGACAAGAUGCUGAAGGACAGGCAAGAGACCUGCAAAUCCAAAACUGAUAACGUGACCUGUCCCACCACCUCCUUCACAGACCUGGCAGAGAUCGUGUCCCGCAUCGAGCCCGUCAAGGCUCCGGUGGCAGACGAUGAGUCAGACUACCAGACUGAGUACGAGGAAGAAGUUCUGGACAACCAGAAGGAUGAUUAUCUCGAUUUCAUAAGCAGCCAGGUUGAGGAAGACUCUGACUCGGAUGAGGACAUGCAGCUGAGGAAGCGCAGGAACGUCCCCAGUGAGGAGGGCCAGGCGAGCAGCACGGGAGAGCCGGGGUAGAGCUCGGGAGAGGCCGAGCUGCCAGCUGAGAGCCACAGCCCAUCCUACUGACAGAGCAGCCCUAUUUAUUUAUUUAAUACUUCACCAAACCAAAACAACACCCAGAUGAAUGAAGCCAGAGUUCAUCCUUCUCCAGCCAGGGCCAGGCACUCAGCACCGAGCACAACCUGCACCGUGCCCAAGUCCCUUUGGAGCUCCAGGGAGGGGGGGCUGCCGGGGGCCCUGCUCCUUCCUGCAGGUGCCAGGAGCAGCAGUUACUGAUCACAGACUGGCAGAGGGGAAAUGUGCAGUUCAGAGCUGCCUUGAUUUUUGCUGCUGUGUUUUUAGCCGCUGCUUUUACCGCGGAGGCCCAAGGAACGCCAGGAUCUCCCCCUGCGAGGUGCUGGGAAGGCUCUGAGCAGCAGCACUGGAGAGAGGGAGGGGUUUGAGGGGUUUGUGGGUUGCAGCGUUGCUUUCUUUUCAUACAAAUCAGGUAACUGUGUAAUUAACUCCUCAGUGACUUCCAGCCACGUACUGGUGAGCAAUGCUCUGACAGGAGCAAAUCUGAAUGUAUUUCACUUGAAAUCUAAACCUAAGAAAUUAUUGGGAAGGGUGGCCACAGAGCCUGGAUCCUCGAGUCACCAGCAGGACAUUUACUGAUGGAUCAAGGAGCCAACACUUGCCGGGCAACUCUGGAAUCACCACUUGGCUGUACUUGCCCUGUUGAAUUAAAGUUAUUUUGCUGGAUUGAAA